AUGCUUUCGUCUGAGGUGUCUUACGUACAAGUCUGUGAAGAUGAUGGCACUCCAGUUGAGAUACCGCUAGAAGAUGAUAAAACACUACUACUUAGUACUCUUGCCGCUCAAUUUCCCCGAGCUACGGGUCUUAAAUAUACCUCAGAAUCUGGUUGCAUGCGGGGAGUGAGGUACUCUGACGGUCGCAUAUAUCCACCUCCAGAUGGAUGGCAGAAUAGAGUAUAUAAAAUCGUCGUUUCAUAUGCCAAGAGAAAGGUCGAUGACGAGGAGGCUGGAAACUUUGCCAAAACCAAAAGACUUGAUGGAAAGCGAUGUACGGAUCUCAUUGUUUUAAAUCUACCUUGGCGUGUAGAGGAAACAGCUCUCAAAAAUUACUUUUCUCGAUUUGGGGACGUUGUAAUGGCCCAAGUUAAACGCGACCCGAACACCAAUCAGAGUCGUGGUUACGGUUUCAUUCGUUUUCGCGAUUACGACGCCCAGGUCAUGUGCCUGGCAGAGCGUCACUUCAUCGAUUCCAGGUGGUGUGAUGUUCGCAUCCCUAUCUCAAAGACCGAAGGCGAUCGUCAAGAAGUUAAUCGCAAGCUCCACAUUGGACAACUCACUGAAGACAUCACUGCAGACAUGCUACGCGAUCACUUCUCGCAGUUUGGCCAUGUGAGUUUUUUAUGGUCACUUUUCAUAUGA